AUGCCUGCUAUGCGUGACCUAUUCACACCUGUAUUCCAGGCUCGUUGUUUUGUUGCUGGGGCUUGGGUGUUGAUAGGUAUUUCAGUUCCUGCUCGGUGGAGUAUGUUUGGCGGGGAUCCUCGUACAGCGACUAUAAGUAUCUGCUGCUUCUGGGGAAUCAGGACCAUGCACGGAAUGAGAUUGAAGGAUAAAGGCACGUACUCCUCCGGGGGUUCACGGGACGACGCUCUACCCUGCCUCAUGGAAGCUCGUUGCACAUGGCUGUGCUCUCUGUUACACAGACUAAGCGCUUAG